UCUAUAUAUAGGCCAGUUAUCCUUCGCCCUAAUUUCAUCACCCCAACUACCAGCCUCCAUAGUACUUGUGUGCUUUAGAGAGAGAGAGAGAGAGAGAUGGAAGGCUCAUCUUCUAAAUAUUUGAUAACAUUCCUUCUCAUUCUAGUUGCCAUUAGCUCGGCCUGCAUAAACUCAGGCAUGGCCGCCAAGGCCAACCGAUUAAGUACUGAGUUUAUCAGGACAUCUUGCAGAUCGACAAUCUACCCAAGCCUUUGUUUCAGCUCUCUCUCAGUCCAUGCAAACUCCAUCCAAACAAGCCCUCAACUUCUGGCCAGCACUGCUCUCAAUGUGACUCUGUCUUCGGCUCAGUCAACCUCUAGGUUGAUGGUGAGGCUCUCCAAAACCCGGGGAAUGAGUCCUAGAGUGGUUUCCGCCAUGACGGACUGCGUUGAGGAGUUGAGCGAUUCCGUGGACGAGCUUCGCAAUUCUAUAGCUGAGAUGAGCAGUUUAAAGAGCUCGAACUUUCAGCUCAUGAUAAACGACAUACAAACUUGGGUCAGUGCCGCUUUGACGGACGAGAGUACCUGCACCGAUGGGUUUCAUGGGAAUUCCAUGAAUGGGAACGUGAAGACCACUGUGAGGGAAAAGAUCGUGAAGGUAGCACAAUUGACUAGCAAUGCCUUGGCUCUGAUCAAUCAAUAUGCCGCUUUUCAUGGUUAAAUUAGUGAGAUUAUAUAUAUUCAUAUAUAUAGAUAUAUAUAUAUAUAUAU